UGUUAGGUUCCGGUCCGGGAUCGGGUCCAGUAUAACCGAAUCAAAAUGGCGUCCGCCUGUCCACCCGACACGGGCUUAUCUGCCCCUCCAGAUCUGAGGACUCCGUUUUGGAGGCUGUUGUCCUCUGGGAGAGGGUCCAGCGGAGUUCGAAAGAUGACUAUUACAGAGGGGCCGGGAUCAUCUCAAAGUAUGAAGAAAACCAUCGGUCACAGAGGAGUUGAUCCUACUGGAGAAACGACAUACAAAAAGACAACCUCCUCUGCUCUGAAAGGUGCCAUCCAGCUGGGUAUUGCACAUACAGUGGGCAGCCUCAGUCAAAAAGCAGAGAGAGAUGUCCUCAUGCAGGACUUCUACGUUGUAGAGAGCAUCUUCUUCCCCAGUGAAGGAAGUAAUUUGACUCCAGCACAUCACCAUGGUGACUUCAGGUUUAAGACCUACGCCCCCAUUGCCUUCCGUUACUUCCGAGAACUCUUUGGCAUUCGGCCUGACGACUAUCUGUACUCGCUGUGUAACGAUCCCUUGAUCGAACUGUCCAAUCCUGGAGCAAGCGGAUCCAUCUUUUACGUGACCAGCGAUGAUGAGUUUAUUAUUAAAACAGUCAUGCACAAAGAGGCAGAGUUCCUGCAGAAACUACUGCCUGGGUACUUCAUGAACCUGAAUCAGAACAAAAGAACGCUGCUCCCAAAGUUUUAUGGCUUGUAUUGCGUUCAGGCGGGUGGAAAGAACAUCCGUAUCGUUGUUAUGAAUAAUCUGUUGCCUCGCAGUGUGCCUAUGCACCUCAAAUAUGACCUGAAGGGCUCAACAUACAAGCGGCGUGCCUCUCCUAAAGAGAGAGACAAGAGUGUGCCCACUUACAAAGACUUGGAUUUCAUUCAGGACAUGCCAGAGGGCAUCCAGCUGGAGCCAGACAACUACAAUGCACUCUGCAAAACUAUCCAGCGGGACUGCCUGCUGCUGCAGAGCUUUAAGAUUAUGGACUACAGUCUAUUGGUGGGGGUCCAUAAUACAGAUCUGGCAUCUCGAGAGCGAGCAGGGGUGGUGGAGGGUGGUGGAUCUGAGGGGACCGUGACACCUGACCACAGGAGACCACAGAUUCAAAAAGCACUGUACAGCACUGCUAUGGAGUCCAUACAGGGAGAGGCCAAAGGGAAAGGAACCCUGGAAACAGAGGACCAAUGGGGGGGAAUCCCAGCACGCAACAGUAGAGGAGAGAGAAUAUUGGUUUAUAUUGGGAUCAUCGACAUAUUGCAGUCGUACAGAUUUAUCAAAAAACUAGAGCAUUCCUGGAAGGCCUUGGUUCAUGAUGGGGAUACAGUCUCCGUACAUCGGCCUGGAUUCUAUGCUGAACGGUUCCAGCGUUUUAUGUGCAACACAGUUUUUAAGAAAACACUAAAAUCAUCUCCCUCAAAGAAGAGUCGAAGUGGCUGCUCGAGUGUUGUAAGACGCCUUCCGAUGGGAAGCACUGCUUCUGCCCCCGGUAGUCAGACACUUGCUGAUGCUAGACUUGUGUACCGUACUCACCUAAACCAGCCGGAUUUAGAAGGAGAGAGUGGCAUGCCGUCAGACAGACCGGACCUGCUUCCACAAACUGAUCCACUGGCUGGAAGCUCUAGUGAGUUUGCUGCCACAAAUGUGUCGUGCUCUUCACCGGGCAGCACAAGAAUGACAUCAUCUUCACCUCCGCAAAGGUCAGUAGGUGUGGAAGUGCAUAAAUCUGCAGUCACAGAGCCUGACAACAGCACCCUCCACAGCACUGGAGCCGAAUGCUUAGAUGAGCAGUUAAGCAACGAAGAUGCCAUUUCACUCAAAGACAUCAUCCCAGAAACAGACAUUUGUUUUUAAGAGCAGAACGAGGACAGAGGAUGGAGGAGAAGAGCGUUUAGAGAGAUGGAGACACAGAAGCCGCUUCUGAGUGCUUGCAUGGUGGGGAUUUUCUGUCAUUCGGAGCUUCAGAAGAACUCCAGGUUUUCUCAGCACAAAGAAACAUGUUUUAGCAAGACAGAGAGAAAAGAGAGUAUAAAGAAAUGCCAUCAAGACAGGAGUUUUGAUGGACUUUUCUUUUUCUCUUGCACCGGAAAUGCUGCUAAAAUCUGUUUUAACCACAAACAAUACAAAUGAUUGGAAAGCACACACGCUUCACUGCCUUUGUUCUCUCUUAGACAUUGAAUCCAGAGCAAUUAAGGAUGCACAAACAUAUUAUCAUAUUUUUUGGCAUCACUUUACAUUAUCGUUGGAAGCAAUGUUUCAUAAAUCUUUAUUAGUGUAGAUCUUUAUUUAUAUAGAUCUUUCAACCUGAUUCUCUCUGAACUGGAGUGACUUGGACUAGUGGCUGCUAGCCUCCGGUUUUCUCAUCUCUGAACGGAUCAGAAAUAAGCAGAGAAACUUCUAUUUCUCAGUGAUAUCUGUACAUAUUUUUGAGGGUAAUAGUGUUAAGACUGUUUUUUUCUUUUUCUUUUUUGGCGUAAUCCUGACGAGAGCAUCUCAUUGAUGGGUUUUCCGGAUCGUUCUAUAUUGAGACUGCAUGCGCCCUAAGAGCAACACAUUUAUAGAGGGGAAAAUGACCAAAAAGUAUUCCCACUUUGUUUCAGAGUUAAAGCGUUGAAUGUUACAGAUCGAAAUAUAACUUUCUAUCUUCUAAAUAAAUUCCGCGUUCAGGCAUAGUAUUUUAUGGUUAGUUGCUUUACAUUUGCCUUCUCUGAGGUGUCACUAAGUAGAUGUAGGUGUUUUGGUUUUGAAGCUGUUUAAUUCACAUCAACUCAGCAUCUCUAUGCAUUUGCCUUUUCUUCCCACCCUGUCCUAUUGAAAGUUGCUCCUGCACAUUGGACCAAUCAGCUUUCACCUUUGAGAAACGGACAGACCCGCUUGCACGUCGUUUUCGUUAUUUAAUCAACGCACAUAUUGCCGCCAUACCGAGGGCCGCCUAAUAUCUGCGUGUUGUUUAUGUAUAUAAUUCUGUAAAUAAUUAUUCCUUCUGUGUCCUGGUAUGUUAUAACAUGCUACUAAUGUGCUCCUCUAGCACAGCAGCUAUUGUCUUUUAACAAACAUGUUGCGUUAGACUGAUUUCUAGAUCGUGCCAUGAUGUCUUCCAGUCAUCUGCCUUAAUGCAGCGUGUUGGUAUUAAAAACACUCAUUUUCAAAACUUACAUGGCCUCCAAACAUAAGGACCAACAUGAUCUGCUACAUUUCGGGUAUGCCGUCACUGAGGAUUUUGUUACACGAUGUUUUUCAUUCAAGUGUUUUCUAGAAUCCCACAAAACCCUGUAAUGUGUAGACCAGACUGGGAAUUUUUUCAUCAAUAUCAGGAAUGUUGGCAAAUUUACAUUCCAGUUUGAUAUAUUGCUGCAAUUUCCAGUUCAAAUGAUGGAAAAUCUUUUUUAACCAUGGGGAAUUUCUUUGAUACAUUUGUGCUGUUUAGACUCUUAAGAAUAAAUAAGCAUAUAAACCGAGUAAGGAAAAUAGACACUAAUGAAGUAAUGUAAACACUAGUUUAUAGAGCAGACGCAAAGGAAACUGUUGCCUGAUGAAUCUCUAUCCAUCAGAGCUUUGUUUAUUAAAGAAAACGAAUAAUUUUGACAGCCUGUACUUCGAGUUUCUCAGUGACUGUAAUGGAAAUAGUGUAGUCUGAAGCAUUUCAGGCUUCUUGAUACCUCUUGCACACGCUAAGAUCUCAGACUGGCUUUGCACUCUUGAAACAUUUAGAUGAAGGGCUGGCUGUAGUCUCGAACAGUAUCGCGUUGUCCCAAAUAAAACCGUUGGCGAAACUGCAGCUCUUAAAACCAUUGGAGUUUGGGACCGAAGUGAAUAUUUGCAAAGGAUUUGCCUUUGCAGAACUGAAGAAAAUGCAAAUUGAGUAUAUGCACAGGAAGUACUAUGACUGUAUUGAUGAAACCCUGUAUAAGGCUUCACAGCGGAUGCAGUAUUUAUGCUAGGUGUUUUUUUAAGUUUGUUAAAAAUAUACCUGCACACACAAGGUGUGGGUGUUGAGUUGGUCAGUGGGUAUUUAAAAGAUUUUAAAUAGCUUGCUUUUUCUGUUUCUUGAUUAAAUUUUUUUCUCCUCAAUCGUUAACUAUACUCAUAUUAAUCCUUAGAGGCCUACAUUACAUUCAGUUUUUUGCAUUCAUCUUAUAUUUGUUCAGUGCUAAGGGGUCUACAAUGAUGGAGAUGUGUUACUUUUAUAAACAUCUUAAUAUUGCACACAGUGUUCUUAUUAGUUUCGCUUUUACUAUGGUGCUUCUUAUUUGCUUGAUAAAAUGCCUCUUUUCAAAAGGCCUCUUAAUGUCUGAUGAUCUAAAUUUCAUAGUUUAUAACAUUUGAUUUGAUCGGCUGUCAGUGGCUUGGUUUCUCAUAGAAGUCUAAGCACAUUGGUAUAAUACUAUUAUUAUUUAUUAUAAUUAUUUUUUCCUUUUGCAAUUCAAGCCUCACUUUCAUUUGUUUUAUGUGGGGUUUUGAUAUUUAUUUAUUUGUGUUUGUGAUCUAACGAUCACUACCUUUCUCUGACCAACUCUCAGUACUGAUCAAUCUAUUUGUAAGGGUUUCUGAUGUUUUUAAGAAAGUACAAAGAUUGCUUUACAUUUUAUCCUGACAAUAAUACAAAUGCAGUGAAAACGAAGGUAAAAUUGUUCAUGCGGUGUAACAAGUCGAACAGACACAGAUAUUCUUCAUGUUGGACUUGUUGUCCAGUGUUUGUAUUAGUACGAGGAAUAUUUGCACAACAGACACAUCAGUCGUGCACAUUGCACACCGGAUUAAAUGCUGGCAACUCUGACACUAAACAGACAACCAAUAUACUGCAAUAUAUUCACUUCUGUCAGUGUAUUUCAGUGAUUGUAUUUAUUAAGAAAUGUUCUGUUAUCUUCUUCUCUCUUUUUUUUUUUUACUCAUGGACCUGAAUGGAUUUUCAAUUCUCUAUGUACCAUAUAAAUGAUUGUAAUAGGCUUUGUAAUCUGGCAGUAGUUUUCGUGAUCUUACUAUGUAUUUUAUUUCAGGUCAGAGGGAAGUUCUUGACAAUAUAAAGCAUAUUUUGUAUUUUAUGUGUUUAGGGAAUGUCCAUGGUAAAGUUCUAUUCAUUUUAAAAUCUGUGAAAGCUCUUGCUGGGCUUUUCUACAUCUGAAUGUCUGAUGGUGUCAGGAACUAUGACUGACAACUGUAAGUACUUUGAGGACUAUAUUUUUAUCGGGCGUGUAUAAAACAUGUACAAAAUAUGUAUAUAAGCAAGUCACGGAAAUGCCUUUUUCUUGUGUGGUGUUUGCAGCCUGUUUCUCCUACCAUCAUUCAGUAAUGUGGUGAUGUUUUUCACAUUGUCUUUCUGAUAAAACAAAAAAUAAAAUAUUUUCCAAACCA